AUGAUUAGCGAGGAAGUUUAAAAGUAUAAAGAGAUGGAGGAAAAAUUUCUAUAAGAAUUUAAUUCUAGGAGUGGAUCAUUUUUUCUUAUUUCAUCACAAUGGUUAAAUAACUGGAAGAAGAAAGUAGGGUACGACGGUGAACCCAAUACUUCAAUAUCCUUGGGAAAUAUCAAUAGUGAUAUCGGACACAAGCCAAAAUAAGUGCUCAAGUACGACCCUAUUGAACUUAAUCCAUGGAAUACUCAAUUGAAACCUAAUUUGGUUGAGGGAGUAGAUUAUUACGUAAUUGAUUCAAAUAUGUGGUAAUCUCUGAAAGGGUAAUAAUAAAUGUGUGAAUUUAGAAACAACAAAUAUCGAUCCGAUUUUACCAUUGAGAGAGAAUCAUUUCUUGACAAUGAAGGAAAAAGAUAAAUAUAAGCCUAUCUUUAAUGCAUCAAAUUCGUGCCCAUAUUCCCUUCAGCCAUGUCGAAACUUCAAGCCUCAAUGAUCGAAGGGGAAUAGUACAUUUCCCCGAUUGCUUAAAUAAGCGAGGUUGUGACUAUUCUGAGUAAAACUUUAAAAACAGUUACAUCAUUUAAAUUCGUUUCAAAAGACAAUGUCAGACUCUAUAAGUUAGGAAGCUCUUGGAAUCUAGAUAACCUCAAGGCAUUUUUAUUGUAAGCAUAGAAAGAGAAAAAGUAAUUUAUGGAAUUCACAGACAUUGAAUUUUUGGAUCCUACUCAAAAUAAGUAAAUCAAAGAUUAUAACUUUGAGAAGGAUUAAAUCUUAUUAAUGGAUACUAAGGAAAUACACAGCACCUUCUUAAUAUCAAACAAUAUCUUUGGAUAAGAAGAAAAAUGUACAAAUUGUUCACAAUAUUAUAAUUUAACAUUUAAUUGUGCUUGCAAAAAAGUUAAAUAUUGUUCUGAAGCCUGUUUAUAAUAACAUUCAUAUCAACACACUCAAGUAUGUGAAAAAUAAGAUGAUACUGAUGAAAUCCUUGUUAAUCUAUUACCAACUCCAUAAUCUAAAUUGGGUUUAACAGGAUUCAGGAAUUUAGGGAACACUUGCUAUAUGAAUAGUGCAUUAUAGUGUUUAUCAAACACAACUGAACUAUCUAGAUACUUCUUGGAUAAUUCAUUCAAAUUUGAUAUUAACACACAGAAUGCCUUGGGGACUAAGGGUGAAUUUGCAUCACUCUUUUCUUAUCUUUUGAAAAGACUUUGGUUUGAUAAAUAAACAACUAUAUCGCCAUUCCAAUUUAAGAGAUUAGUCGGCAAAUUAUCCCCUAAUUUUGCUGGAAAUGCAUAACAUGAUGCUCAAGAAUUCAUCACAUUCACUCUUGAUUUGCUGAAUGAAGAUUUAAAUAGAGUCAAAGUCAAACCAUAUGUUGAAAUUCCUGACAACAACAAUAGACCUGAUGAUGAAGUAAGUUAAGAGUAAUGGGAAUGUUUCAAAAAAAGGAACGACUCCUUGAUUGUUGAUCAAUUGUAUGGUCAAUAUAGAUCCAAAUUGCAGUGUCCAAAUUGUAAUAAAAUUUCUAUUACCUUUGACCCAUAUUUGAUGGUCAAUGUAACAAUCCCUCAAGAAAAGAAGAAGGUCUUGGAAUUUUAUAUUAUCGAUCCUGAAAACUUCUGGCUGAGUCAACCAGUCACUCACUACUAUGAACCAGAAUUAAGGCUAAAAGAAGUGUUGUAAUUUAAGUCAUAGGAAUGGUUGAAUUGUGAAUGGGAUCAAAUCAUACUCACACUAAGUUCCACUUUUUCAAUCGAAGAAGUGUUUUUGGAUUAAAGAUUGGAAUAACUUAAAAAGUAAUUAAAAUAAGAAAAAAAAUUACAAUUAAGAAAAUUAACAGAACAAGAAUAACUAAUCUAAAAUGAUUAAUAAGUUCAUGUUCUAAUCCACAAUUAAAUAUUAACAAUGAACAACUGGAAAAAAGAUAUCGUCCCUACUAUGUACUUCAUUUUAUCUUAAAAUUACAAAUACAAGGAAAUACACAUGUUUUUCUUUAAUUGUUUCAAGAAUGUUCUCAAAAAUUUUGCAGAUUUUGAUUAAAGCUGGCUUAAUUCUGAAAAUUUAGAGGAAACCUAUCAAUAACAUAUUUUAGAUAAGUAUUGGAAGAUCAUGUUCAAAUCAAAUUAAAGAUUCCAAGUGAAUUGCUCUUAUUGUUAUAAGGCUUAUUGUAAUGAUUGUCCUCUUGAGUUUACUGAUAAAAUAUUUGGUGAUUGCUUCUAAAGGGAAGACAAAUUGUUACAACCAGAAAUCCAAAUCAUUUGGCUUAAACCAUGUCGAGAAAAAAUAGAUGAUAUGUACACUGAGUACCAAAAGAUAUUUGAUCCAAAUUACAAGGCUCCAGUUGUCAAUAUCAAUUGGGAUAAUAAUCAAAAAAGUAAUAAAUAUAAAUAGACCUAUACAUUGGAACACUGUCUGGAAUAUUCAACCAAACCAGAGUAACUAUAAGUGGACAACAGUUGGUAUUGUAGUGGAUGCAAAGAUCAUGUCUAAGCCUAUAAGACAUUGUAAAUCUAUAAAACCUCCAAGAUCCUGAUCUUUCAUCUUAAAAGAUUCAAAGAUUCAUACAAGUUGUUUAAAUCCAAACUACAAACCAAUAUCAUAUAUCCAGAAAAGUUAGAUAUGACUAAUUUUGUUCUACAUUAAGACAAUAAUAAUUUAUAUGAAUUAUAUGCAAUAUGCAAUCACAUUGGUGAAUCUGGAAGUGGACAUUAUACUGCAUUCUGCAAGAAUAAUGGAGAUUGGUACAAAUUUGAUGAUUCAAUCGUCACCAAAGAAACUAAUAACAUAGUCACUCCAAAUGCUUACGUUCUAUUUUAUAGAAGAAUCGAGCAAAAUUAUGUAGAAUAUGAUUUGGAGGCGAAAUUAAAACAAAAUAUUGAUUUAUUAUUAGCAGACGAAGUGUUUAAACAACAUCUUCAAAAGUUCCAAAAAGAAAAUGAUGAGAGUGUUGAUACGUAGAAAUAGGAAUAGCCUGCCCCUCCAAAGUAAUAGGAGGAAAAUAAUUAAUAAUUGGUUAAAUUGGAUAUCAAUUUAGUCAAUAAUUAAUCCAGCAGUGAUACAAAUGAUGGAGAUGAGGAAAAUGAAGAUGAACAUUGA